AUGAAGGCGCUUAGUGACGAUUCUCUACCUUCUUUCCGAUUGGGAUCACAGGGGAACUUAGCCGCGGUUCCCACGAAGGGACCAUCACCGCGGUUUGAACUUGCACCUAUUGUGAAUGAACUUCAGCAGCAGAUCAUAUCAGCGGACUGUCAAAGUGAUGUCAUUGCCAUGCUUGGCGCAUCCGGACGACUGGUGUUACGUGACACAAUGCAAGAUGGUCCACCACUAGUGACCUCUGUGCGUAACCCUUACCGCGUGUUUAUGAGCCCAGACGGCAACCACACUCUUGUCUCCACCACCGAUGGGGAGUUGUGUUACUUUUCUGUACGGAAUCGUAAAUCAACAGGGCAUUUCACUCUCCACAAUCGUGGUGCCAGUGGGAAUGAGGCUGCGCGAAAUAAUGUGGCUUCGUGUGUUUGUUGGCUUUCAUCUGAUGCUGGGUUUAUUGGAAGUCCACGCACUUCUAUCAGUGGGGCAGAAGGAGUAAGCGGCAGUGGCAGUGGUUGGCAGUUGGGAUCAGGAACCGUUUACUGCCUUGUGGGCACAAAGUUGGGUGGUCUUGUGUUUUUAGUGAAAGUGGAGGUACAUGGAGACGGGGGUAGUGUGAAGUUAACGUGCUUCCGUUCUCUGCAACUUCCCGACGCCAACCCCCAACAACAAGUUGGGUCUGUUGAGGUCGAACAUAUAAACUCCUUAUGGGUUUUGUUCGUGUCAACUCCUACAGUUCUCUAUCGAGUGGAGGGGCUCAUGGAUUCUCCAGCAGAUUUCUUUGAUAGUAUCACUGCUUCAACAGGUAUGUGGAAUAUUCGUAGGGUGUCUACUGCGGGGAAUGCUUCAGCGUCGGGUGCUGUCGUGUUGUACCGUCCAGGUAUUGGGAUGCCGGCACAAUCGUAUGCAUGGGCAAGUGUAGCUGGUGUGGUACAUGGUUUGCUAAAUAGCCGUUCAGAUGGAAGUUCUGCUAAUAGUGGUGAAGCAGCUCUUGUUGAAUUAACCGACGGAGGUUCUGUUGUGAAUGAACAGCUUCUUGACUUGGAGCACGUAGUGGUACCCAAAAGUAGUUCCAACGAAAGUGCCGCGAUUACGGCGGCGGUGCCUGAUCACUCCUUCAGAGGCGAGUCACAAUUGCCGGUUGGUGCAACGUUGGUGGACGUUGGACUAACUGCUUUCCAUAUGUUGUUACUGUAUAGGGAUAGGUUCAUUGUGCUCAACCACCCAGCCGGUCUUUCGUGGCGGGGAGCCUCCUCCACACUGCAGGGGGAUUGGCCAUACCUUUGUGAAAUUGAGGAGCGUAUUCGGUUCGAUCCAUUUCGUUAUUCAAAGCGGGAGUCACCCCUACGCGGAAUCGUUCGAGACACUGCAGCACGGAAGGUGUACGUCUUUGAUGCGAACACUUUCUGGGAGCUUCAGGUAGAACAGGAGCACCGACAGCAGUCGGAACUCUUCCUUGACCGAGCGGUCAACACAAGGGAGAGCUCUCAUCUGCGAAACCGCUACUUCAGGGCCGCGUAUCAACUAUGCAAAUACGAUAAGACAAUGAGAAAUAAGGUUCAAUUUCUUCGUGGAAGGUUUCUCCUUCAAAUAGGUGCUAUUCGUCGGGCGAUGGAUGUUCUUGCGGAAUGUGACUUCUUCGAGGACGUUUACCACCUCCUUAUGUCCUUUCGGAACAGUAAGGUGUUGCAACUGUACGUAGAGAAACGGUACAAGAACUUGGUCAGGCGUGUCACUGAGGGGAAAGGUGUGCAAAUGCAGUUGGCGUGUUUGUUGGCGCUCAUUGUAGUGUUGCGGUUGGACACCAUUGCACGUAGUGAAAACAUAACUGAUGCACCUUCCGCAACUGCGGUAGCAGAGACUUUAACAUCGGGGUUGACAGCUUUCAUUGAAGAGACGUUGGAAGAGCGAUUGCCCAUGUUUAGUUGUGUUGGUUACGUUAAUCUCAUCGCACAGCUGUUGGAAGAGCAGUCUCGACCAGAAUUAGUACUGAGGUUCGCUGAAAGGAUGAACAAGAUGCGCUACGUUAUCACUUACCAUGUAUCGCGCGCCAACUAUGUAGAGGCAGCAAAUGUGCUUGGGGCUCAUGCGCGGCGGAUCGAUAUGCGGAGUACCUGGUACAGUCUUGCCCCCAUCCUCAUGAAGAAGUGUCCUAUACAGUUUACCAAAGCGAUGCUGCGUGCGGUUAGCCGAGAUGCCUAUGACAUGCCCUAUUUGCUUUUGAAUGCUGAAAAACUCAUCCCAGUUUUCACCCAAUAUGAACCGCACAUGAACGAGGAUCCUGACAAUCAGGAGCAUCAAGUUGUUUUAUUUCUCGACAAUUGCAUCACGAAAUUGGGUUGUGAUUCUCCUGCCGUCCACAAUUACUACCUAAGCCUUGUGGUCAAACACGACACGAAGCGCCUAGAUGAAUUUCUCCAGUCUUCGCUUUACUAUGAUAUAAGAUUUGCCCUGCGGCAGUGCCUCGAGUCGCGCAGAUAUCGGCAGUGCGUGAGAUUGUACAGCCAACUUCACCUUUAUGAGGAUGCAUUGCGAGCAGCAUUGGAUUGUGCGGAGUUGACACAGGACGAGACGCCAGGUGGCGCCAGCAGUGCCAUCGUCGGUAGUGGUGUGAACGAAUGUGCUGCGACAUCUCUCGUAAGCGGAGCGGAUUUGGGAUGUAAUGAAGGUGAGGAAAGGGAUGCAUGGUCGAGGUUGAGCGUAGCGCAGGAAUUACUUCUAUCGCUUCCGGAUGAUAUGCCGUUACCUCGGCGCAAGGCCUUAUGGCUCAUUGUGGCUCAACAUGUUAUUCAGAAGAAUGACAACCGUGCAGCACUCCGUAUUUUAGCUGACUCCUGUGGAGUUUUGAAACUGGAGGAUAUUCUCGAGGAAAUGAACGACGUUAGCGUCAUGGAAAACUUCAAAGGGGCUAUAUGCAAGAGUCUUGAGGUUUAUGCAUCGUUGACUAAGCAGCUUCGGGAGAAGCAGUUGGAGGCGGGUCGCAUGUCCGAGGAACUGAAACGGGAGAUUGAACAGCCUCGCAACAGCUUUGGUUACGUAACAGCGAAUCAGCGAUGUAUAAUUUGCCGCUCAACUUUGCUUCAGGGGGAUGCCCCGUUCUUCAUUUACCCCCGCUGUUGCCAUGCAGUACACGAGUCUUGCGCGGUGGCAAAAUUAGAGAGCAUUGGGGGGUUGGAGGCUUUUGUUGUGGACGAAGGACUUCCAAAAAACUUCUUGGACGGCAUUAACUCGACACGUGAUUUGGCCCAGAUGGAUUGCGUGAUUUGCGGCGAAACUGCAAUAUUGGAGAUUGACAUGCCAUUAUUUACAGAGGACGAUUCUUGGUUAGUGUUGUAG